AUGAAUAAUUCUGAAGGUAAUAACGAUUCAGAUGAAGAUAUUUAUAAAGAUUUUGCAGAAUAUAAUUUUAAUGAAGAAGUGGCUCAGGUAUGGUGGUAUUCCAUUCUAAAUAAGCAAGAUAAAUUCAAUGAGGAGGAAAAUAAUAAAAAAAUUAAUGAAUUGUUAGAAUCAGUAAAUGUUCUUACUGAGGAAAAUAAAAAAUUAAAAAAAUCAAAUGAUGUUUUGGAAAAAAAUUUAUCAAUACUUUUAAAAACUGCACGAGCUGAAAUAAGCAGAAAGGAUUCUACGAUAGGUGAAUUAAGAGCAGAAAUCGAUUCGAUUGCAUUCAGAAGAUGUAAUAAAAAAAAGACUGCAGAUAAAUGUAUAAAUACAGAUAAGGAAGAAUCUGUUUUGUACAAAGAAAACAUUUGUCAAAAUUGUAAAUUAAAAAAAAAAGACUUUAAUUAUGAGAGGGAUCAUAAUUUUUUAAAAUAUAAAAGAAACGACUGUGAUAAUAAAGAUAAAAAUAAUGAUAGUGAUAGGAAAAAUUAUUACAAUCAAUCAUCAAAUUGUUACCCAUUUCGUUCAUCAUCACAAGAUAAAUAUUUGAGACGAAAAAAAUUUAGUCCAGAAGGGUCAGGAAGUUAUAGGAGAAGAAGUGAUAGAAAUAGGUCAAGAUUACGUUCGCGAUCCAGGUCACGUUCUGGAUCUCGUUAUAGAAAUUCCAGAGAAUAUUUUAACGAUCGUCGUAAAAAUUCUAGAUCAUUAUCUAGAAAAAAAUCUAGGAGUAAAGAUAGAGAGACUAAAAAAAUAAAAGAUGUUAAAAAUUUAAAACAACGUUUUAAUAAAGAAGAAGAAGAAGAAGACGACGAUGACGUCAUUUCGAAAGUUAAGGGAAGAUCAUCGAAAGAAUCCAAAAGUACAAAAUUAAAAAAUUACGAAAUAGGGAAAUCGCCAUUGGACACAUUAUUCGGUGAAAUGAUAAAUGAUAAGAAUAUUAAAAGUGAAAAGUCAACAACAAUCCCAGAAGAAGAAAAUACUCAAUUUUUAAAUGGAGAUCCGCCUGACGUAACAGAAGACUGGAAAUUAUCAUUUAAAAAUGAAAGGGAAAAAAUAAAAGCUCCAAUGACAAUUUAUAGUAAAAGAAUGAUACAAAAAUAUUUUUCCGAAUUGAAAACAAAUAAUGAAAAUAUGGAUUCCCCUAAGGAAAUAAUGACGACGGAUAAAAAAUUGGAAAAUUGCAACGUAAAAGAAAAUUACGAAAAAGAAUUGGGAGAAUUAACCGAUGAUGAAUACAUGAUUGAAAAAAGUGAAGAAUUUCAAAAAGUUGCCAAAGCUUCAUUGAUAGAAAUUGAUAAUUUCACAACGGACGAAAGGGGAGGAAAAACUUUUUUUAAGUUACCAGUCACAAAAGAAAUAAUAAUCGAGAAAAAGGAAAAUUUAAUUAAAAAAUCAAAUGAUGAUGAUGAUGAUAACUCCGAUCGGAAUAAAACGCGAUUCGAAGUGAAAAGAAAUGACAAAAUAAUUGGAGAAAAAGAAUUUUUACGAUCGGAAAAUGGGGGAAAUAUUAAAACGGAUAAAAAUUCCGGUGAAAAUAAAUGUUCGAUGAAGGAAAGCGUGGAAGAAGAAGAAGAAGGGGAAGAAGGGGUUGAUAAAAACAUGUCCGUCGAAUCCGGUCCUGGAGAAACAACACAAUUUUUAGAUUUUUUUUUAAUGACUACGUCACCAUCGAAACCCAUUCUUCCGGCGGAAGAAGAAAAAUUAUUGAAAAACAAAGAAAAGGAAAAAAAGAAAACGGAUAAAUCAUCGAUGACGUCAUCUCCGAAAAGUUCCGACGGGAAAACGUUUAGUAAUUGUUCGGAUAAGUGUUCGAAAACAUUUGAUGAAAAUGAUGGAAAGAAAAAAACAAAAAAUGUGAAAAAAAAUAAAAAUCCCAUCGAAACGUCUCCCACCAUCCAGAAAACGGAUAAAAAUCUUUCGAAAAAUUAUAAAAAGAAAAAGAAAACUAAUGGGAGUAGUUGUUGUUCUGGAAGUGAGACAUCAGAAAACAACAGCAGUAAUAACGAACACAAGUCUGAUGAAACUAGUCAAAAUAAAAUACGAGAAAUAAAUUUGACGGAGAAAGAAGUAAUAAAAAAAAAAGAAGAGAAUAAAAGGAAAAGAAAAUUAAGUUCCGGACAAGGAGGAAUCGAAAGUCAAAUACCGGAAAAACAAAACAAAAUGGAAAAAAAAGAAUCGGUGACGACGACGACGACGACGACGUGUAAGAAAAUGGAAAAGAAAAGUUUGGAAAACUUUGACAGAAACGGGAAAGAUUCGAUGAUGAUGGUCGAAAAAAAAGAUGGAAAAGAAUCCAGUGGGACUCCUAUGAAAGAAGACAUUUCUUUUUUUGAAUUUUUCAAACCGAUAACGAAAAAAGAGGAUGAGAAUGAUGGACGCCAUAUUGAAAAAAAACUUCCGGGAGAUUUUAAAAUGACAAUGAGUUUGACGGGUUUGGUGAGAUUGGAAACGCCGGAAAAAUGUUUGGAAAAAAUUAAAAACGUCAUGAUAAAUGAAAAAACUAUAUAUCAGGUGAUUGAUUGUAAAACGACGCCAUCUUUAACGAGUAAAAUAAUCGCGGAUAUGACGCCGAGAAGAAUGUUAAAAAACGAUUUGAUGUUGACGGAUUCGGAAGAAGAAGAAGAAGAAAAUUGUUCAAACGGUAAAAAAAAUGAUUCCCAAGAAAAGAACGUAAAAGAAAACGUUAAAGAAAAUUUACGUAGUGACGUCAUAAUAACGAACGAUUAUGAUGACGUAGAUGAUGAUGAUGAUGAGGAUUCGUUCAUGAACGAUUCUUCAAAUUCUGGUUCUUAUUCGGAUUCUGGCGCUUCUGCUUUCAUCGAUUUACUCUGA